GUGUAGAAACACCUGCAAAACAUCACAAUACAAACCCAAUAUGGAAACAACGACGUUGUUCCUCGUGGCAGCGGCCGUCAUCACUAUCUUGGUAAUGGUCUAUUCCACUGCAUUAUUUUUUGCCCACUCCCCGAGGCUCCCCACGCCUUCUGAGCUCAAGUAUAGAACCAAUGAUGCCAACAACCAACAUUAUGACUUGCCCACUCGAAUCGACCCAGCUGCCGAAUAUGUUGACCAUGGCGUGAAGCUCACCGUGGUGGUUCCCUGUUACAACGAAACGAAACGGUUGGGCAAUAUGUUUGAGGAAUGUGUGGAAUACUUCAAAACCCACGAUCUCACGUAUGAGAUUUUGAUAAUCGAUGAUGAGUCCAAAGAUGGAACCCCCGACUACGCGUUGCUGUUGGCCCGCAAGUACGAGUUGAAGCCUCACACCGUUAAGGUGGUGGAAUUGACGAAAAACCGUGGAAAAGGAGGUGCUGUGACUCAUGGUAUGCUUCAUGCCUCAGGUGAGUAUGUGUUAUUUGCCGAUGCUGAUGGAGCCACCAAAUUUGGUGACCUGGAGCACUUACUCGAGUACUUAAAGGCUCAUACGAAUCCAUACGGUUCUAUUGCAAUCGGCUCAAGAGCCCAUAUGGUUAAUACCGAAGCGGUUGUAAAAAGGUCGUUCAUCAGAAACUUGUUGAUGUACGGAUUACAUACGCUAGUGUAUGUGUUUGGGAUUCAUGGGGUGAAAGACACCCAGUGUGGUUUUAAGAUGUUUGACUUUAACAGUAUCAAGCGGAUUUUUCCUCAUAUGCACACAGAAAGAUGGAUAUUUGAUGUGGAAAUUCUCCUUCUUGCUUCAUACCAGGGCAUUGACAUGAAGGAACUUCCUGUCAACUGGCAAGAGAUAGACGGACUGAAAAUCGAUUUGGUCAAAGACUCUAUUAACAUGGCUAUUGAUUUGGUGGUCACCAGGGUAUCCUACAUUUUAGGUAUAUACAAACUUAACAUGAAUGGCCAUAGUAAGACUAUUUAGAGGCAAUUCAUAUUUAUUCUUUCAA